AAAUAUGAUGGCUCAGUCAGAUUUAGAUCUAAAAGAGAUGGCUUUGAAAGAGGAUUUGAAGUUUUACUUCAUGAACCCAUGUGAAAAAUAUAGAGCAAGACGUCAGAUACCAUGGAAAUUGGCUUUGCAGAUUUUGAAGAUACUUAUGGUUACAACACAGCUUGUUUUUUUUGGUUUGAGUAACCAGCUGGUGGUCUCAUUCAAAGAGGAAAACACUGUUGCUUUCAAACACCUAUUCCUGAAAGGCUACUCUGGAACUGAUGAAGAUGACUACAGCUGCAGUAUAUAUACACAACAGGAUGCUUAUGACAGCAUUUUUUAUGUUAUUAAUCAGUACAGGAACCUAAAGAACAUAUCCCUGGGGACACUUGGUUACGAACAUGAGGAAUCAGGUCUAAAAAUCUGUAAACAGCAGUACAAGAGAGGCACAAUGCUUCCUUCCAAUGAUACACUGAACAUAGAUGUUUCUACUGAAACAGAAUGUAUCCUUUUAAAGCCAAAGGAACUAACUGGUAAGAAGGCAGAACUGAAGCUGAACUCUUCUUUUUUCAAUCUUGAAUUUUACAGGCUUAUACAGGUUGAAAUCUCCUUCAAGCUGAAAGGCAUUGCUCUUCAGACAAUCCAUGCCCGUGAAUUGCCUGACUGCUAUGCAUUUCAAAACACUAUAACUUUCAAUAAUAGAGCCCACAGUGGAAAAAUCAAGGUCUAUUUUGACAGUGACACUGACAUUCAGGAGUGCAAAGACUGGCACAUAUUUAACUCAGUUCUCCAGAAAAACACUCAGUAUAUUCUAGUCUUUGAUGGAUUUGUCAUAUUAAGUUGCUUGGCUUCUCUAAUCCUCUGCACACGAUCCAUCGUUCUUGCCUGGAGGCUGCAGAAGAGAUUUGUGAAUUUCUUCCUGGAGAAACACAAGCGCCGUGUGUGCUAUGCUGACCGCCUGGAGUUCCUGAACGGGUGGUAUGUCCUGGUAAUUAUCAGUGAUGUCAUGACAAUCAUUGGGUCAAUCCUAAAAAUGGAAAUAAAAGCCAAGAACCUCACAAGUUAUGAUGUCUGCAGCAUUUUACUUGGAACAUCAACUCUGUUUGUCUGGGUUGGAGUCAUCCGAUACCUGGGAUAUUUUCAAACCUACAAUGUGCUCAUUUUGACUAUGCAGGCAUCGUUGCCGAAAGUGCUGCGGUUUUGCUGUUGUGCUGGGAUGAUCUAUCUUGGCUAUACUUUCUGUGGUUGGAUUGUCCUGGGGCCUUAUCAUGAAAAGUUUGAAGAUCUGAACACAGUGGCUGAAUGUCUGUUUUCUUUGGUCAAUGGUGAUGAUAUGUUUGCAACAUUUGCUCAAAUCCAAGAGAAGAGUUCCCUGGUGUGGAUGUUCAGCAGAUUGUAUCUGUACUCCUUCAUCAGUCUGUUUAUAUACAUGAUCCUCAGCCUUUUUAUUGCACUCAUUACUGACUCCUAUGACACCAUAAAGAAAUACCAACAAAGUGGUUUUCCAGCAACAGAUUUACAUGAAUUUCUAAAAGACCAUAGCAAUGCUGGCUACAGAAAAGACAGAACUUCUUUUCCACUCAUCUGCUGCUGCAGGAGACAACAGAGUGAUGACAACUUGAUACUUAUUAAUUGA